UUUUAAAUGUGUGAGUGAAUGCAUUUGACUGACUGAGGAAUCGCCGCGAUUAAAAAAGUUUAUGAAUGAUGUGAAUGCGUAAUUGCUAAAUCAAAGGAAGUUAAAUUCGAUUUAAGAUUGGUCACCAUUUUCGUGUAAAUUAUAAGCUCCAUUUACAACAUCCGAAUAUUGCGGCAACACAUCAACCAAAUCGACAAAGAACAAUCUCAGCUAAAAUUUAUUUCAUUUCAAAAAAACGUUUUUCUUUCCCCUCCACCCCGCAUUUCUACGAAAAUAACAUUAAAUAAGCAACACGACGUGUACGUCAAUUAAAAUAAUCAACGAACGAUGACAGCCAUGCUGAAUAUGGAAGAAGCAAGCAAAUUGCUCGACUUCACGCAGAAACUGGACAUCGGAUUGCUGGAUAACAUUGUCAUGUGCUUGUAUUCGAGCCAGGGCGAGCAGUUGCGCUUGGCACAGGAUGUGUUGACCACGCUGAAGGAACAUCCAGAUGCUUGGACCCGGGUCGACAGCAUACUCGAAUUCUCAUCGAACCAGCAAACCAAAUACUAUGCCCUGCAGAUCCUCGAAGAAGUCAUCAAAACGCGAUGGAAGAUACUGCCGCGGAAUCAGUGCGAAGGUAUCAAAAAGUAUGUGGUCGGAUUGAUCAUUAAGACGUCGUCGGACGCGGCUGUCAUGGAGGAAAACAAAGUCUACCUCAACAAACUGAACAUCAUCCUCGUCGAGAUACUGAAACGGGAAUGGCCUAAGAAUUGGGAAUCAUUUAUCGGUGACAUUGUUGGUGCGUCGAAGACCAACGAAAGCUUAUGCCAGAACAAUAUGAUCAUAUUGAAGUUGCUCAGCGAGGAGGUGUUCGAUUUCAGUUCCGGUCAGAUCACCCAAACCAAGGCAAAACACUUGAAGGACACAAUGUGUGCGGAAUUUUCGCAGAUCUUUCAACUGUGUUCCUUCGUCCUGGAAGGAUCGAUGAAUGCGCCAUUGAUUGCCGUCACGCUGGAGACAUUGUUGCGCUUCCUGAACUGGAUUCCGUUGGGCUACAUAUUCGAAACGAAAUUGAUCGAAACGUUGAUCUUCAAAUUUCUGAACGUGCCUAUGUUCCGGAAUGUGUCGCUGAUGUGCUUGUCGGAAAUUGCCGGCCUGAACGUGUACAAUUACAAGCACAUUUUCACCGAUAUGUUCAAGAAAACGAUGUCGCAAUUCGAGCAAAUGAUUCAUCCCAGCACGAACAUGAACACCGUCUACACAAACGGAUCCGAUGCCGAGCAAAAUUUUAUCCAAAAUUUGGCCGUAUUUCUGUGUACGUUCCUGAAGGAGCAUGCUAGCCUGGUCGAAGGACCCGACACCGAGGACAGCAUGAAGAAAGCCCUCCAGUAUUUGGUGAUGAUAUCGGAGGUGGACGAUGUGGAAAUAUUCAAAAUCUGUCUGGAAUAUUGGAACAGUUUGGCCGGUGAACUGUACAGCGAACGACCGUUCCAAUCCGGUCAUCGAGCAUGGACCGGCUAUUCGCACAGUACACGGCGUGCGUAUUACGCGGACAUUUUGUCGAAAGUCCGGUACAUUAUGAUCUCUCGAAUGGCCAAGCCGGAAGAGGUGUUGAUUGUGGAAAACGAGAAUGGAGAGGUGGUGCGCGAAUUCAUGAAAGAUACAAAUGCAAUCAAUUUGUACAAGAAUAUGAGAGAGACACUGGUAUUUUUAACGCAUUUGGACUAUGCAGACACAGAACACAUCAUGACGGAAAAGCUCACUAAUCAGGUGAAUGAUACGGAAUUUUCGUGGAAAAAUUUGAACACAUUGUGCUGGGCUAUCGGAUCGAUCUCGGGAGCGUUUAUUGAGGAUUAUGAGAAACGUUUUCUGGUCACUGUCAUCAAGGAUUUACUUGGACUUUGCGAACAAAAACGAGGCAAAGACAACAAAGCUAUCAUCGCGUCAAAUAUUAUGUACGUGGUGGGACAGUAUCCACGAUUCCUUCGUGCCCAUUGGAAAUUCCUAAAAACGGUGGUCAACAAACUGUUUGAGUUUAUGCACGAGACACACGAAGGUGUUCAGGACAUGGCUUGCGAUACAUUUAUUAAAAUUGCGAUCAAGUGUCGUCGACAUUUCGUUUCGAUUCAGCCGAACGAAUCGUGCACAUUUGUCGAAGAAAUUCUGGCAACGAUGAGCACGAUCAUAUGUGAUUUACAGCCGCAACAGGUUCAUACAUUCUACGAAGCUGUUGGUUAUAUGAUUUCCGCACAGACCGAUCAAGUGGUUCAAGAUGCUCUGAUAGAAAAGUACAUGAUGUUACCCAAUCAGGUCUGGGACGAUAUAAUUUCGCAAGCAUCGAAAAAUGUAGACUUCUUGAAGAACAUGGCUGCCGUCAGGCAACUGGGCAGCAUUCUCAAAACGAACGUGCGAGCCUGCAAAGCACUCGGACACUCAUACGUCAUACAAUUAGGCCGCAUCUACUUGGACAUUUUGAAUGUGUACAAAAUCAUGUCGGAAAAUAUCAUUCAGGCGAUAACAGUGAACGGUAUGAAUGUGAACAACCAGCCACUGAUAAAGGCUAUGCACGUGGUGAAAAAGGAAACGCUGACCCUCGUCUCCGAAUGGGUUACCCGAUCCACUGACGAUCAAAUGGUCAUCGAAAAUUUCAUACCGCCGUUGCUGGACGCCGUUCUGCUUGACUAUCAACGGUGCAAAGUACCGUCGGCCCGCGAAUCGAAAGUUCUGAGUGCAAUGGCAGCUAUUGUGAAUAAAUUGCGAAGCAGCAUCACAUCGGAAGUGCCAAAAAUCUUUGACGCCGUCUUCGAGUGUACGCUGGACAUGAUCAACAAGAACUUUGAAGAAUUCCCGCAACAUCGAACGAGUUUCUACGAACUACUGCAUGCGGUCAAUGCGCACUGCUUCGAGGCGUUUAUGAACAUACCGGCCGCACAAUUCAAGCUCGUAUUCGAUUCGAUUGUAUGGGCGUUCAAGCAUACGAUGAGAAAUGUAGCCGACACCGGUCUGAACAUACUGUAUAAGAUGCUACAGAACAUAGCCGAUCAACCUCAACGGGCACAAGGUUUCUACCAAACAUACUUCACCGACAUCUUAAUGCACAUAUUCUCGGUGGUUACGGAUACAUCGCAUACGGCCGGCAUUGCCAUGCACGCUCAAAUUCUGGCGUAUAUGUUCAGUUUGGUGGAGGCGAAUAAGAUCACCGUCUUUCUGGGCCCGAUUCCGGACAAUACAUUAUACGUACAGGAAUACGUUGCAUCACUGUUGAAGUCAGCAUUUAGUCAUUUGAACGAUAAUCAGAUUAAAGUUUUUGUGACGGGACUGUUCAACCUAGACCAAAAUGUGCAGUUAUUUAAGGAGCAUUUAAGAGAUUUUCUUAUUCAAAUUCGGGAAGUUACGGGUGAUGAUGACUCGGACCUGUAUUUACUGGAACGUGAAAUCGAAUUGAAGAGUGCCCAAGAUGCGAAACGACGCUUCCAAAUGACCGUACCUGGUAUAUUGGGUCCUCACGAACUUCCGGAAGAGAUGCAAGAUGAAUAAAUGAAUGAUAAACAGCAACAACAACACAGCAACAUGUCAUCAUCGUCUUAAAAUAAUAAUUUUCAUUUUUGAUAUAAAAAAAGUCAAAUUGGCAAAGAAUAAAAUUUUAAAUUUUUUUUUUAUAAAACAUCAACUUAAAAACAACAACAAAAGCGAGGAAUGAAUGAGGAAAUCAAAGUUUGUUAAAAAGAAAUUGCAAUUUAUGAAAAAAAGAAGAGUAAAGACAUAAAUGAAACGAACCACAUGAAGAGAGAGAUUGAGAGAGAAAGAGUUAAUUAAGAGAAGUUUGUAACCGAUUCGAUUGUGUAAAAAACCGAUUCACUGAAAACAGAAGGAUCAAUAAAAUCCGUGUGAAAGGACGAUGUCCAUCAAUUCAUUCAAGUGUCGAUAAAAUCCUUUCCGGUAAAUAAUGACAAAGAACAGGGAUGGAGAAAAGUUUUGGGGAGAGGCAGAGGGAGAAAAUUGAGUUAAAAUCGUUGAUGAGUGUACAGUUUUUGGUAUGGUGUGAAUUUAGUGUGGUGUUUAAUUUAUGCGCGCUAUAAAUGCAUUGAUGAAAACAAACAAAAAACAAAAGAAAAUACUUUCUACAAAACAUAAAUGAUGGGUAAAUCGAAAUCUUUUUCGUUGUUUAUUUCAUAG